UGUAGUUAAGCAAAUCCAUGCUCUUCUCCACAGCCAAAUAUGACAGGGAAGAGGCAGAUCUCGGCACGUGGCUUGAAUCUGAUUCGCAUGCAAGCACCAGGUUUUCCAAAAAAAAAUAUAUAUAUAUAUAUAUAUAUCACACCGUCCAUCCCAACUCGCAGCGAAUAAGAGGAAGAUGUGUGCUCAAAAAAAAAAGGUAUAUGGACAAAAAGAGAUGCUCCUGUUGGAGCGUUUUGAAGCGACCACGCCAGGAGUCGAACCUGGAAUCUCUAGAGGAGGUGAGUCUCAACCGAAAUCUAGCGCCUUAGCCAUUAGGCCACGCGGCCGAUGCUUGUCGGCUUGCAAUUUGGGUAUACACAGCUUCUGCGGGGAGGGCGAGCAUUGGCGCACUGUACAUUUUCGCGCAGAGCUGGCUAUAACAUACCGUGGCUCUAUUUGCUUGAAUACUGUACUUUUCACCAUCGAUGUGUACCUAGCCUUCGUGCAGUCAGUGUUUCUUGUCGAGUUGCAGCGACGAGAGUGUCAGAUUCUACACACUCUCGUUCAUUUUCUUGGCUGUACAUAUAUUUCAGUUGAUUGAACACAUAUUGAUAACUUUCGUUGUGUUAAAGAUGUCAAGCAUUUAGCUACGUGUGUCCGGAGCUCACAGUCCCUCCCCUAUUGAAUCUUAUAAUUACAGAAACAGCAUAAAUCUUUAGUCCCAUAUCUAUUAGACAUACAAGGGACUACGUCAGCUAAAGAGAAAUUUCGCUAUUCGCCAGUCUGAUAACUAUCUAAUGAUAUAG